UUCAGUCGUGGGUGCAGUGCGUGCGGGUGUGCAGUGGUUUCGGGAGCUGCUUCAACAACCGGCGUGGCCUGCAGCGCGCGAGGUUAGAUUCGUGGUCCGCGGUUAGUUGUGAACCCGAGCGGGGGCUCGAGGGGGAGUAGUGCGUCGGUCAUAGUGGAGGAGAGAGGGGUUCACGAUGCCCCCCAUAAUAGGGGAAACGUUGCGUGUGUGGUUCCUCUCGGCAUUGGUGGUUCACGGUGCUGUUGCUGGCAAUCCGGACGCGAAACGCCUUUACGAUGACUUGCUUUCUAACUAUAACAAACUAGUGCGCCCUGUUGUGAACACCUCGGACGUGCUACGCGUGUGCAUCAAGUUGAAACUCUCCCAGCUCAUCGACGUGAAUUUGAAGAAUCAAAUCAUGACGACGAAUCUGUGGGUGGAACAGUCAUGGUACGAUUACAAACUGCGAUGGGAGCCGAAGGAAUACGGAGGAGUUCACAUGUUACACGUGCCGUCCGACCACAUAUGGCGGCCCGAUAUAGUCCUCUACAACAACGCGGACGGCAACUUCGAGGUGACCUUGGCCACGAAGGCCACCAUCUACCAUCAAGGAUUGGUCGAGUGGAAGCCCCCCGCCAUUUAUAAAUCAUCCUGCGAGAUCGACGUGGAGUACUUCCCAUUCGACGAGCAGACCUGUGUCCUCAAGUUCGGUUCGUGGACCUAUGACGGCUUUAAGGUCGAUCUAAGGCACAUGGAUGAGAAAUCGGGAAGCAACGUGGUGGAUGUCGGAGUCGAUCUCUCCGAAUUCUACAUGUCGGUAGAAUGGGAUAUUUUAGAAGUACCUGCAGUACGAAACGAAAAAUUUUACACCUGCUGCGACGAGCCGUACCUGGAUAUUACAUUUAAUAUAACAAUGCGAAGAAAAACACUUUUCUACACCGUGAACAUAAUUAUUCCGUGUAUGGGAAUUUCCUUUCUUACGGUACUGACGUUUUAUCUACCUAGCGACAGCGGGGAAAAGGUCACGCUCUCCAUUUCCAUUCUCAUCAGUCUUCACGUGUUUUUCCUGCUGGUCGUCGAGAUCAUUCCACCUACGUCGCUGGUCGUGCCGCUGCUUGGAAAGUACCUGAUAUUCGCCAUGAUACUCGUUUCGAUAAGUAUAUGCGUGACAGUGGUUGUACUUAAUGUCCACUUCCGAUCGCCACAAACUCACAAAAUGGCUCCUUGGGUGAAGAGGGUUUUCAUCCAUAUCCUUCCUCGCUUGUUGGUCAUGCGAAGGCCUCAAUAUAAAUUCGAAACAAAUAGAUAUAGUUCUGGCAGAGUAUUAAUGAGAACAGUCAGAGGAAAGGAAAAAACCUGUUAUUAUCCUUAUCAUCCAUCUACUCAAGAGGAUAGCGAAGAACAUCUAACCCCUAAACGAUUUCACAGUCGUGCCGCGUCAAAAGAAGAUCUUUCACCUUCCAGUCUCGCUGAUGGCGCAAGGUUCGGCGGAAGUUGCUUAAUCCACGGUCCGCCAUUGCCACCGCUUCCUCUUCACACGGAAUGCGAAGACCUCUCUGUUUCCGGCGAGGCAGGGAUCGAGGAGGUUAAAAGUCCUGUCCUUCGAAGCCCUCCUGCUUUCUCGCAUUCGCGCUGCCCACCCGAAAUCCACAAAUCCUGCAUCUGUGUGCGCUUCAUCGCGGAACACACGAAAAUGCUGGAAGACUCGACAAAGGUGAAAGAAGACUGGAAAUACGUGGCGAUGGUCUUAGACAGGCUGUUCCUUUGGAUCUUCACGUUGGCGGUGCUGGUAGGCACAGCUGGGAUCAUCCUACAGGCGCCGACCCUCUACGACGACCGGGUACCAAUUGAUAAAAAAUUCAGCGAAUUCGCGACCACGGCGGUGGUUAACUGUCCGCCACAAUAGUCCAUGCCCGAGCCCUGCACCGUAGAGAAAGACUAAGGACCAACAUCCGGAUCCGGUAAUUUGCUAUCAGCCCGGAAAACCCGCCCUAGUCUUAGCAACUUUCAACUUCCAUCGUUGUCCAAUGACGAAAUUACGGUAAAAGGGCUCCAUUCCCGCGAAGCGAAUGUUGAAAAGAAAUGGAACGAGCAGGGUUCGAGGAAAAUCUUUGCAUUCUCGUUUGGACGCGAAAUUUGGCAAACGAGCAAUACAAUGGAACGUCGAUUGCUUGAAUAAUUGUUCGAACCGUGUUGCAAGAAUGAUAUUCUGAUUUUAAUGAAAAUUUGUAUGAACGGGUAUAUAAGUAAAAUAGUUUUUCGUUUGUUUCGAAUUCAAUGUUGCCUGAGAAUUUUUUUUUUUGAAUGAAAGAGCGUUGAAAACACGUUUUUUGUAUAAAAAUUAUUUUGCUGCAUCUCACAUCAUUACAAAAUUAUAUUUGGAAAGUAAGGUUAUGCUCGGUUAUCCUAUUACAAAAUGAAUUAUAAAAGGAAAAAUUCCGUUUGGAAACGAAAUGAAAAGAUGUUGAAAAUUUAUUAUGCAUAUAAAACUUCAUUAAAAUCAGAACCAGAUCGAAUUAAGUAAAUUUGUAACGUGGUAUAUGGUGUAAAUUAUGUUAAUGUUUUCAACAUUCCACUCUGGGACAAUAUUAAAAAUGCAAUUGAUUAAUUUUGAUGCAUUUUUCCUCAUCCAGAUGUUUGUUUCUUUAUUAUAUAUCGCUUAAUAUCUAAAAAAUUGUUCAAUUUCGCGACUUUCCAAUAAUAAUCGACGUUCUACGAAAGAGUAUUUAUCAGAAUUGUUUUCAAAAAAAAGAAAUAUAUUCCUCGAAAUUUUCCCAAGCUCGACUGUGCAUCACCGAUAUAAACGAACGAACGAGCUGCUGCGACAUCUGUCGCCCGUUUCGAGACCUUGGAUCCAUUCCUAGCUUCGUUCAAAGUGUCGAAAUUGUGAAGUAAUCAUCGACGCGUCGAUACAUCGCGAACAAUUAUGAAACAAAAAACGUAUAUCUACAUAGUAUGCUCAAGUAAAUCGUAAAAUGAAGCUGCCACUACUUAAAAAUCGGAUUAAAUUAAAAAAAACAACAAGCUAAUUAACUGUAAUAAUAACUUAGCUAAGCCCUUGGCGGUUUAAUAAACUUACCGGGAUGUCUGAGAGAAUGAUACGUGACGGGGGGG